GUUUCUGGCACAUUCCAUUAGUUUCAAGAUUACAGCUAUAAUUUAUCCGUCUCUCGUACUUACCUGUACUUGUCUUUCUUCUCAAUACAUUGUCUGCUCUGAAUAAUACCCAGCAAAGACUUGCUCCUCGCAAAGAUGCCCCGUUGCACGCGAAAGGGUUGCGCUCAGGAAUUUGACCCCUCCACCAAUACUGAAGAAAGCUGUUCAUACCAUUCUGGUGGCCCGGUCUUUCAUGAAGGAUUAAAGUCGUGGUCAUGCUGUCAGGAUAUCAACAAGCCUGUCCUUGAUUUCGACGAAUUUAUGAAGAUUCCAGGAUGCACGAAAGGUUCGCAUACGGAUGAGGCACCUAAAGUCGAGCCGCAGGCACCAAAACCAUCGCCCAAUGUCAAUCUCACAAUGACGAGCGAUCAGGGUGCUACAGAAACCUACUCCUCGCUGUCCAGAACAACGGGCGCCGCUACACCGACGAUUGCGUCUUCUGCUCCUGCAGAACCCAUCCCACCUGCGGCGGAAGAAGAGGAUGACCCUUCGGUUCCUGUCACACCUGGCACCAUUUGUCGACGAAAGGGCUGUGGCAAGAGCUUCGUGAGUGAUGAAGUCAGCCGGGGAGAUGGUGAGGAAUCUGUCUGCACAUAUCAUCCGCUGCCACCCAUUUUCCAUGAAGGAAGCAAGGGUUAUCUAUGUUGCAAACGUCGCGUCCUUGAGUUUGAUGAGUUUCUCAAAAUUGGUGGAUGCAAGCAAGGGCGACAUCUCUUUGCUCCCAAGGAGAAGGAGGCUAAGACCGAGGAAUUUAUAGACUGCCGUGUUGAUCACUACCAGACACCAGCAGAAGUGCAUGUCUCCGUGUUCGCAAAACAAACUGAUAAAGACCGCAGUGUCGUUCAAAUAGAGACAGACAAGAUUCAUUUGGAUUUGUACUUCCAAGGCACUAAGCGUUUCCGUCGUUCCAUUGACCUAUUCGGACCUGUCAACCCAGAAGCAUCCUCUUUCAAGUAUUUCGGAACGAAAGUUGUGGUUUUCACUUUUCAAAGGUUUAUGAAUAAUACUCAACGUAUCCUGAUUUAGGUGGAGUUGACAUUGAAAAAGCAAGACAAUCGAAGCUGGGCGUUGCUUGAGAAGACCGACCGUCAAGUGCCCGUGAACUUGACUUUUGGCGUUGGCGGUCGCACUGGCACGAUUGGCGCCAAAGAAAUCAUUCUCGACGAUGAGAAUGCUAGUAAGAUUCGUAGCUAGGGCGAGCGACAGCAGAAGAAGUAUAAUUGAAUGUGCAUCUAUGAUGUAACGUAGAUUGUAGAGUGAGAGACACUAUAAUUCUCCAGGUCUUUCAACCUCAUUGACAAUCUGGAUGAGAUCUCCUUGUCGGAGUUCGUUGAAGCCUUCGAGGCUCAUACCGCACUCUAGUCCCUUGGCAGCUUCGUUUAUGUCGUUCUUGAGAUGCCUCAAUGUAUCAAGUUUGCCUAGGGUAGACAGUCAAUAACAUUAUUGCUAGACAUUGAACAGUG